UUUUCCGGUUUUUGGCUUUUUCGCAGAGAUGGAGGAUUUAGACAUUGUGACGUCCACUGAUUUAUUUCGUCGUUUGGAUUCUGAAUAUCCCGAGUUGGGUAUCGACAGUAGGAUACCUUCCGAUAUAAAAUUUGCGAUUAAGAUUGGUUUGCAACCGGUAGAGGCGAAGUGUAACAAGUGCGACGGCGGCGUUCGUAAAAUAAUUUACAGAAAAGACACCGGUUCGGUUUUUUUCCGAUGUUACAAGUGCAAGGUAAAUAGUUCGGCGUUCGAAGGCACCUUCAAGGGAAAAUGCGGCAACAUGUCAUGGCGGACAAUCUUCAGUUUCCUCUGGCAUCUGAUUUGCAUAGACGGCUCGUUGAAUUCGUCGUGUUUGGCCGUCACGGUGAGUCGCACUACCGGUGUCGACUGGGCUAAUUUCGUUCGGUACGCGAUGAUGGUCGCUCUUUUUAAUUUGACAAGUUUGAAAAUUGGCGGUCCUGGAAAGACCAUGGAAAUAGACGAGACGGUCGUAAGCAAGCGUAAAUACGAAAGAGGAAGAAAGCUGAAAGGGACAAAGUGGGUGGUCGGCGGUAUCUGCAGAGAAGACAAGAACUGUUUUUUGUGUUUUGUAAACAAUCGCUCCGAAGCCAGUCUGAAUUGGGUCGUUAGGAAUUUCGUACGGUCCGGAUCUACGGUUCAUACCGACCAAUGGAAGGGAUACAACAACAUCGGAGAAUUAAAAGGAAUAGAUAUAAAAUACGCGACAGUAAAUCAUUCCAAAAACUUUGCGAAUCCGUUGGAUGGCGUGCAUACGCAAAACAUCGAAAGGCUGUGGGGGAUUUUGAAGAACAGAAAUUUGCCCCGUCACUAUACUGAAGAACUGCGCGAUUCGUAUCUCUACGCUUUUGUGUACAAAAAGCAUAUGAAAUGAAACAAUCUGAAGCCAGGCGAACGUUUCGCAAUUUUCUGUGGACAUUUAAGAAAAAUGUAUCCAGGAGCGGGACGCGAGCCCGAAUGG